AUGCCCACACUUCGGUCCUUCUUCUCGUCCAAAUCUGUGGACUCUAAGCGAACUUUCAAUACAGAAGAUCUUCCCCAAGAUGAUGAAGAAGAGCUCAGAACUCCCACCUCAUCCAUGAUGGGUUUUCUCAAUAGUUCAACAACAACAACGACGUGGAGUAGUAGUGCUCAGAUACCAGCAUCGCCUCCACAAUCCGAUCAUCUCUCCACCAGGCAACAUCAACAACAACGACCAAGAGGAGGGUCGUCGUCAUCUUCUUCCUCCCAAACGAAUACCAAUCAUCAACAACAACCAACAAAAAAAGGGAUUCCACUCUCUCAAUUCAUCGCUCAAAAGCUUGAUGAUGACCUACUGCCACACAAAACGAAGAAGAAUUAUAAUCUAACGGAAUUAGAUUCACAACUCGUAAACACAUCUACCAAACAAUCCACAAUCAUGUCUCUCGAAAACGACAUUGAAAGCAAUCAAGUUAAUCAUGCCAAUACUCUUCAAGUACCAAAACCACCAUUUUCAUCAUUUCAAGAUAUUGGAUUUGCUGAAGAUAUGAAUCCCCGACACAGAAGAACCAACGAAGACGGACAUUGUAUGAUUGAUCGAUUUAGAGGAAAGGAAGGUGAAGGCUUUUUUGCCAUCUAUGACGGACAUGGUGGACGUGGUGCUGUCAACAUUGUACAAAAUAGAUUCCACAACAUUUUCGAAUCAGAAUUGAAUGACAUGGAGAACUCUCAACAAUCUGAGCUCAUUGAUGUCACUCAAGUCUUUAACCAAGCUUACAGUAGAAUGGAUGCGGAGCUUAAACUUCAAGAAAUUUUAUACAACGGAGCUACUAGCAUCACGUGCUAUAUAAGACCUCUUCCAAGUUCGAAGAAACGUUUCCUCUAUGUAGCAAAUUGCGGAGAUGCUCGCGUUGUUAUUUCAAAGAAGGAUGGAACUGCUGAAAGACUUACCUAUGACCAUAAAGCCAGUGACGAGGGAGAAGUGAAACGUAUCAAGGCAAAGAAUGGAUUUGUUGCAUAUAAUCGUGUGAAUGGUGUUCUCAGUGUAACUAGAUCAUUUGGAGAUCAUGCCAUGAAGGAUUGGGUCAUUUCUGAACCCUAUCACUCCUUUGUUGAUUUGACUGAGAAUGAAUAUGAUUAUCUCAUUUUGGCAUGUGAUGGAGUUUGGGAUGUAAUUUCAGACCAAGAAUGUGUCAAUUUGAUCCAUGAAAAUGCCAACACUAUGAACUGCCAACAAUUAGCCGAAUUCAUUUUGAAGCGAUCCCUUUCUCUUGGCUCUACAGAUAAUAUUUCAAUUAUUAUCAUUAAAUUAUAA